AUGAAGGGGAAACUUUCUCUCAAUGUGGUGACUGCUGCAACCACGAUGGGCUCAGUGAGAUCAGCUGGUCUGUCUCUUCUUCUGUUGUCUUUUCUUCUUUACCUAGCUGAUUCAUACCCCAAUGUUGACCUAUCAAACAUGGGCUGUGAGGAAUGCACACUGAGAAAGAACAGCUUUUUCUCAAGGGAUCGUCCGAUCUAUCAGUGCAUGGGCUGCUGCUUCUCCAGAGCCUACCCGACACCACUCAAAGCCAUGAGGUCAAUGUCAAUUCCAAAAAACAUCACCUCAGAGGCGACAUGCUGUGUGGCAAAGAACAGCUAUGAGACGGAAGUAGACGGCAUACGGGUGAGAAACCAUACGGACUGCCACUGCAGCACCUGCUAUUUUCACAAGAUAUGA